CUUCCUCCGAGGCUCGAGCAGCACCCGCAGGAGCGGAAGGUGGGCGUGACGCGCAGGGAGCUCCACCGCCUGCCGCGGAGGGACCGUGACGGCUCCGUGCGCAUGGAGAGCAGGUAUUUGGUGACCAUCCGGCUGCGGGUGCGCGGGCACGUGGACAAGGUAGUUCCAUGGGCGAAGAGCUGCAGAGGGUGCAUGUCUUCGCUGUCGGAGGGGCGCGGCGAGCUGCUCGGGCGGGGGUCGCUGCUGGCCGUGCUGCUGCACGAGCUGUGCCACCUGCGGCACAUGAACCACGGCAUUCACUUCAUGGGCCUCUUGCAGGAGAUUUUCGUUUUCGCAACCCAGACAGGCCUCUUCGAGCCUAAGCUGAUGGAGAACGAGAUACCGUCGAGGUGGGCGUGGGAGAACGCCAUCUUCUGCACCGGGGGCGCCGCCAACCGCGCGAGCCUCCUCGCCCUGCACGGCGACUCCAAGAGCCCCGCCGACGACCAGGCG